AUGUCUACAGCCAGCAGCGCUCCCUCAACAGCUAUGAACUCCACAGCUACCUCAUCUGCAGAUGUAACAGCAGCUUCUUCGCAGUCUGACUUGGCGCUUCCUCAAUCAUCCCCAUAUGUCCUCCGGUAUAUAGACAUAGGCAUCAACCUAACGGACCGCCAAUUCCAUGGCGAAUACCACGGGAAGCAGGUCCACCAAUCCGACCUCGACGACAUAGUCCAGCGCGGCAGACUAGGCGGUGUGGAAAGGCUCAUGCUCACCGGCUCCUGUCUCAAAGAGUCCAAAGCGGCGCUCAAGAUCGCCCAAAGCUACCCCGGAUACAUGUACACCACCGUCGGCGUGCACCCCUGCAGUGCCAAAGACCUCACAAACCACCACGCUGGCCACGCCGCCUACAUCGACUCUCUGCGCACCCUCGCCCUUUCCUCGCCCCUCGUCGCCGCAUUCGGCGAGAUCGGCCUCGACUACGACCGCCUCUACCACGCCUCCGUCGAGGAGCAGAAGAUCGCGUUCACGAUGCAGCUGGACCUCGCGGAGGAGCUUGGGCUGCCGCUAUUCCUGCACUCACGCGCUGCCGCCGGGGAUUUCGAAGCCAUCUUGUUCCCAAGACUGCCGAAGCUGAAGGGAGGCCUGGUGCAUAGUUUUACGGGGUCUAUGGACGAGAUGAAGAGGAUCGUGGGCGCUGGGCUGUAUGUGGGUGUCAAUGGGUGCAGUUUGAAGACGGAAGAGAACCUGGCGGUUAUGAAGGAGAUACCAUUGGACAGGCUUAUGAUUGAGACUGAUGGCCCAUGGUGUGAGAUUCGCCCUACUCACGCAUCUUCGAAAUACCUCAAAGAUGCACCGGCGUUGCCGAAAGCAGUCAAGAAGGAGCGCUUCGUUGCUGGUGCCAAUCAGCUAAUAAAGGGGAGGAAUGAGCCCGUGUGUAUAUCCCAGGUGGCGUAUGUCAUCGCGAAUGUGAAGGGCAUAAGUGUAGAGGAGGUUUGCGAAGCUGCAUGGAAGAAUACUGUAGAUGUCUUUGGGCUGGGUGUCAAGACAGCCGAGUAG